AUGACCGAGACGAGACGACGUCACCCUCUCCACGCCGUAUAUGAGACUGGAGAAGAAAUGUUAUUAGGAACAUGCGACAGUAGAUGUGUCGGUGGAGUUGGAGUCCUCGUCAACACGAGAACGGCAAAGAACAUCGACUCUUUCGAACAACUUACGACCCGAAUCGGACGUCUGCGGAUGAGAAGAUGUGGUCCAACACCUGCUUUGACUAUCUUCGUCGCUUACGCUCCAACCUCAAGCUACGAAGAAGAGGAAGUCGAAGCCUUCUAUAUGGACCUGGAGAAGUUCUACCGAGAAGAUCAUGCCAUCUACAAGGUCAUAAUUGGCGAGAGGCUCUCCGAGUUCAUCAUGACGACCAAGACCAUCCAUGGGAACUCACAAUUCCAGAAGCCCUCUUCUCUACACUGGACGUGGGAGUCACCCAGUGGAGGGUACCGUAAUGAAAUAGACCACAUCACGGUCAAUAAAAGGUUCUACCUGACGGACGUCGCCGUUGUACCAAAGUUCAAUACGAGAUCGAACCAUCGCCUGCUCCGAGGAAGAUUUUCCUUCACAAGGAGAGCAGAGAAAGCCGCCAAGUUCAGAGAGAGAAAUCCCAGAACUAUCACUAUCUGGGAUCUCUUCGCUACGCUAUUCGGCUUUUGGGAAGAUUCCGCCAUGGACAACAACGAAUAUGACAGGCUCGUUGAACACCUUCACGACUGCGCGAAGAAGGCUGAGAGUUUUAAAACCACCAAGAGACGCUUGUCUCUUGAAACUCUUGAGCUGAUACGCCUGUGUGGAGCAGCACAAGCCACAGAGAACCAAGAACUCACGUCCGAGCUCGCAAGGCUUUGCAGAGAGGCGAUAAAGGAAGACCUUAAAGAGACAAGAGCAGAAGUGCUAGCUGAAGCUGGAGAGGCGGGGAAAAGCAUCCGCUAUGCUCGUCGAGACUUCGCCAGUCGUAAAACAAGAGAACAACCAUUGCAUCGAGAAGUGGGAUGGAGAAAAUCAUCUACGAAUUCUACUCUGAUCUCUUCGACAGCCAUGUCCACUUGCCUCCUCACCAUCUGA